GUGUAGCAACCGCAAACGUAACCGUCAGCUGUUAGCUUGAGUGGCUCUAACAGGCUACACGGACUGUUGCUAGCUUGUUGUUUGUUGCAGCAAUGAACUGCGGUCUGUUUUCAGUCCGUCCCACGAUGUUAAACUCUUACUCACCUGUUAUGCGUGCCAGGAAUUAAGUCGCGGUAUUAUCUGGAAGAAACGAGCUGAAUCACAUAUCUGCUGUCAUGUAUAAUGCAGGCGUGGACACGUUGUUCGUGUCAUAGUGAUGGUCAGCAGAGCAAGAAACCUUCCUGGGAAGAUUUCAAAAUAAAUACCAGUAUUGACUCCACCCACAGCACGCUUUCGACUGAGGAACCUGCAGAGCCUGUCUGAGCCUGCAAGAAGACGCAGGUUUAGUGGAGACAGACCUGUACUUUGCAAUGGCUCUGUUGACCCUGCACAGGAUCCCAUCAAUCUCCACCGCUCCAGAUGAAACCUUUCAAAAAAGAGGGAGACUUCAGAAAAGGGAGAGCUUUGCCCUCGUAAAAGGAGCAGUUCUUCUGCUGGAAGAGGGCGACAGCGUUGACCUUCGUGAGGAGACUUCUCCCACUGCGACUUCUCCAGUAAAGCAAGGCAGCGGAGUGUCGGAUACACAGCACAGACAAAUCCAUGCCAUGGUUGAACAGCUCAGACCAGAAGAUACCAUCAAGCUGGCAGUGCAGUUGGAGUCUGUGAGUCCAGUCAGAGUCAGGUAUCUGAUUGUUGUCUCCACACUGGGCAACAAACAAGAGAGCAUCCUGCUGGGCAUGGAUUUCCCCAGCUCAGACAGUGAUCAGUGCACCAUCGGCCUGGUUCUGCCAAUAUGGAGCGACACGCAAGUUUAUCUGGAUGGAGAUGGCGGUUUCAGUGUGACCUCAGCAGAGGAGACAAGAAUUUUUAAGCCGGUUUCCAUGCAGACUAUGUGGUCAGUGCUGCAGGUGUUGCACGGCUGCUGCGAGCGGGCAGUCAAGGCAGCUGUGAUCCCAGGCUGUGGGCUGGAGUGGGCUCAGCACUACCACCAGCAUGUUGAGUCUGAUCGCUUCUGCCUCAAUGAGUGGGAGGCCAUGAACGACCUGGAGUCGGUCCGCAGGGACAGUGAUGGACAAAGCUCGGCAGACAGAGUUUCCAAUGAGAGGCUGAUCAAAGAGCACCUGAGAGACAUCAUGAGGACAGAAGACCUGGACAACCUCACUUCUAAAAUGGUGCACACUGCCCUACAGAGCAGGAUAGGCUUUGACAUGAGAUCCUACAAGGAGUACAUCGACAAUGAGAUCCUGGUCACCAUGGCUCAGAUGGACAAGCCCUCCAAAAUAUUUGACUACCUUUACCUGGGCUCUGAGUGGAAUGCAGCAAACUUUGAGGAGCUUCAGAAAAACAACAUUGGCUACAUUCUGAAUGUGACAAGGGAGAUUGACAACUUUUUCCCAGAGUCCUUCACUUACAUGAACAUCAGAGUGUACGAUGUGGAAGCCACAGACCUGCUCCCCCAUUGGACUGACACAUACAACUUCAUUAACACAGCAAGGGAGAGUGGGCAGGCGGUGCUGGUGCACUGUAAGAUGGGUGUGUCUCGCUCCGCAUCCACGGUGAUCGCUUACGCCAUGAAGCAACAGCACUGGCCUCUGGAUGUGGCGCUGCCCUACGUCAGGGAUCGCCGGUCCAUCGUCAAACCCAAUGAAGGCUUCAUGAAGCAGCUGCAGACCUACAACGGCAUCCUCCACGCAAGUCAGCAGCGUCACAGCGCACUCUGGAGACGAAAGUCAAGAGAGCAGAGACAAAAAUCUGUGAACAAGGAGGAGGGAGGGGAGGAAGGGAAUCUAGACGAGGAAGAGGAGGAGGAAGAAGAAGACGAUGAGGAACUUGAUGAUGAUGAUGAGGACGACAUGGAGAGUCUAGAUGAAAAAGAUUUGGGCAGUCCUGAGGAAAAAAAUAAUGCAGAGGAAGAGGUGUUUGAACCUCCCGCCUCCAAGUCUGACACCAGUGAGGGUCCAGCAGUUGCUCCUGUCAUCACUGUAAAUGAACCAGACAAGGUUAUUUCAAGCAUUAAUCGCAGUGGCAGGAUGAACCUCUUCUCCCUCAUGCAGUCCAUUAGCGAACUAGAUGAUGAGGAUAAAGGACAUGGACAGCUGCCUGGCAGUCCGAGGCGGUCUCCAGGACAACGGAGGCGUAGCCAUGGGCGACGAGGUCUCACCCACCAGCGAGCAUGCGUAGAUAUUUCACCCGAACCACGCAGCCUGCAGGGUGCUGGUCAAAGCAAGCCUUGAAGUGAUCAAAGAGACGGACAAGCAGCAAGGAGGCACAGAGGAGAAAAGUCCUGAAGGAGAGCAAACCAAGAAGGAAAGCGAGCUCUGGGAACAUGCCAAGGUUUUUAUACACUGAUACCGAAGAUUUAAUGUAUAUUUUGCAGGUCUUUCAUUGCAUAUCCCACCUCAUAAUAAUUGCAACUGAUAAGUAGUUUUGAUAAGAAUCUUUCUGAAGUGUUGCGAUAACAGUGAAAGCCAGGAUCUCUGAUAGCUGAAGUCAUUAUCAGUGCACAUUGUUGUAUUACUGUUUUUUUCCCCAAGUGUUUUUCCAAGAUAUCUUACCACAUACAAACCAGUGUGUCUCUCUAGAGCUCCCUCAUUCCAUCUUCCCUUCCAGCGACAUCUAUGCAAUAACUGUCCUCUUCUGUUUACCUCUGUAAAUAUGAGGCUGUAUGCUGCCGGUCCAAUGUAAACAUUUGAAAUAUUCUUCAUAUCCUCUUUCUGUUUCAUCAACAGCUGUUUUCAAGUGUUCAUUGUUCACAGUUGGGAGGAUUUCACUGUUUCCAAGCUGUGUGUUAUGGAUCAUGUCAGGGCCAGUUUUAUGGCACAUGCCAAAAUAUGUAUUCCUAUGUGCCAAUUAAUAUAUUUAGUUGAAAAACUUUUAUCAUGUCAGUAUGCUAAGGACCAUUGUCACCUGUUUUGUUCAUUCUAAGACCAGGGCUCCAUGAGUGCCUUCAACCUGAGAAUGAAAUACGACUCUGACUGAUGUUUUUAAUGUUUUUACUAUGAGGUGGCCACAUAUUGUAUUUCUCUUGUACUGUUUCUCACGUGGUUUGAUUGCAUCAUAAAUGUGACCUUCCAAGGUUGUGCAUGUAUGCAUAUAUACAGUUUAUAUGUAUCAACACAAAUUGCUGAUGACCUUGGUGCAUGUUUUGUCUUCAUACCAGCCUGUGAGAACAAACUGUUCAGGGUUUUCUCAUGUAUUUAUACGGACAUGGAAUGGAUCGAGGUAAAUUAUUUGAUUGACUGUUUUUAGACUUCAUUAGAUGCUGAUGUGGAACAUUCCUAAUUCAUGCUGGUAUUACUUUUUAUCCAGUGAACCCAAGCUAGAGCUUACUUCAUUUAACCUGCAUGCGCACCGUUAAAAAAAAGAAAACGUGCACUUUAUAGUCCCACAACACACACUGUUCCCACUGCCUGAGCCAAUUUCACACUGUACUAUGAUUAAAAUGAUCAAAUGAUUCCUUUUUUAAAAUUGUGUCCGCAACUCUAUGCCUUGUUGUGUUUUGCUCUUCACUGUCUGCACCUCACUCUUGUUUACAGUAAGCACUUUGAGUGAAAAAUAAAAGAUGAUACUCCAA